CGUUGCGAGGUGCAGCAACGAGUGAUAGAAUAUAAUUUUUGUCUCUGCAAUUUUUAGAAAUGAUUACUACUAUAUGGUUGAACUGGAUCUCUUGUCAGAGUCCAAAAUAUGUCAUACAGAAGGACUGAUGGGGCGCUAAAAUGCGAAAUGUUUCUAGGUUUGUAACCAGCGGUACGCUCUUCAUCCCAGGAGGAAAGUAUUUCCUGACGCUAGCGAGAUCGCGAGCUUUCUUUCAUGCUCGAUUUGCCACUGCGUUUCAGCUCCAAUACCCGUCCUCUUAUGAGAAGAAGACUCAGCACCACCAGCCCAUAUUACGAUCGCCAUCUCGUCACCAGUUUAUCAUCCUUAAGGCUGCAUUCAGGAUGAAUGGCACAGAUGCAGAUGACAAAGUUGAUGAGGGUUGUGCCCUGGAAGGAACCACUGUAUUGGCCACUCAAGUUGGUGGACACAGAUUUGAUCAGAAAGCCGGAAGAAAACUUGGCAUGCUAGAUUGUGGGAAUGGCACAGUACUUAAAGCACUGCAGGGCCCACCAAGGGGGACAAGAGAGUUAACUCUGUACCAAGAGGUGUUUGGUCCCAAAUGCAAGGACAAGGAUCUGCUAGAAUUAAGAAACUUUCUUCCAAAAUAUUAUGGCACAGAGACUAGAGAUGGUGUGACUUUUCUUGUAAUGCAAAACCUCACCUGUGGCUUCCAUGAACCUAAUGUCCUUGAUCUUAAGAUGGGCCGAAUUACUUAUGACCCAGAGGCCUCACCAGAAAAGCAAGAACACGAAGUGUCAAAAUACCCGCCACUAGAGAAGUUGGGUUUCCAGAUCACAGGCAUGAUGGUCCAUGAUAACAAGACAGGUGCACCUCAUCAUUCUAAAAAAGACUUUUGUCGGAGUUUAACUGCUGAGAACAUACAGAAGGAAGGAUUGGGGAAGUUUUUUGGUCUGCAAGAUGGAGGAUUACGCAAGGAUGUGUUGGAAGAACUUAUACACAAGCUGCAGGAAAUAGAAAGCUGGUUCCUAGUGCAGAAAAAGUAUGCUUUCUAUGCCAGUUCACUUCUCAUUGUGUACAGCAACCAAAGAUCCUGCAGUAUCACUGCUAGCAACACCCAACCACUGGUCAAUGUGAAGAAUGAGUCUCCACAUCCUGGUGUCAAAAGGAAGAGGGAACAGGAACCUUGGGAGGAUGAGAACAACAGGGAGAUUAAAGUCAUGCGAUCCACCGAUGGGCCACAACCAAGUGAUGGUUAUCAGAGCAAAACAGAUAUUUUUCCAGAUUCAAAUGGUGACCAUAGCUCCUUACAGAAGCAGAAGGUAAGCAGUACUUUAGAAGAAGAUGAGACAACAUCAAAAGAGGAAAAGGAGUCUCAACCUUGUCAUUCUGGGCAGCAAGAUGGACUAGAUAUCCCCAAGGAGUCUCAGCCUUGUGGUUCUGGGCAGCAAGUUGGACUGGAUGUCAACAAGAGGAGAGCAAAGGAAGAUGGGGAUAGAGUACCACUUGUUCAGAUCAAAAUGAUAGACUUUGCACAUGUCUUUCCUUCAUCCAGCAAGGAUGAAAACUACCUCUUUGGCCUGCAGAAACUCAUUAGGAUGCUGAAAGAUCUGCAAAGCAUGUGAUAAAUUUUGAAUUACAGUUGGCUUACCUCGUGACAUUAUGGCAGACACUUCUACUUUAUGUUAUUUUCAAGUUUGUUGAGUUGGUUGGGAUUGUGUAUAUACAUAUGGUUAUUUCAUUGUUAACUUGCAGUUUAUUAACAGAAAGGAUUUUUUUUAACCUCCCCUGUCACUUUGCUCAUUGCUGUCUAGUGUGUGCUCACUUGUAAAGAGUGGCGCAAAGAACUUUCAAACUCAGGGACAAGAUUAAAAUGAAAGAUUGUUAUGAGAAGAUUAUUCUGGGCUUUAUAAGAUAGGAGAUCUCUAUCUUUGAGUGAACACAAUUUCAUUCAAAGUCUGGUACAGUUGUUUAGACCUCAGCUGUGUAUGUUUCAUUGAUUUUUUUGUUUUUAAGGAUUCUCAGUUAAUUUUCAUUGAGCUGAUUUUUAAGUGAGUCGGUAAACAAAUUCAGAAUAAGUUUUGUUUGGCAGUUAGUGUCAACUUCAUUUAAGUAAAAUAUAGACCAUUUUCAUCCAACUUUCAUAUGCACACCAAUUUUCUUGUCACACACACACUUGCUUCAACUCUGUUGAUGACCAUUUCAGAUUUAAGUCCCCAUUUGUCUCUCAACAUCCAUCACUCUGUCUUGCAUAGUUAUUUCUUUGUAUCUCUAAGUACAUCUUAAUUCUCAUUUUAGAGCACACUGUCUUCGAGGCUGAUCUGUUGAAUCCUUUUUAAGAGUUUUUAAGAUCCACAAGGUGGUCUUUGCUUUUAGACAAAGUAGGUUUGUAUCAUCUGAAAUAGAAUUUUUUUUUUUUCCCUAGAGUUCUGUGUAUUUUAGAAGACUAAUAAGUCUUUAUUCUUAUAGAAAAUUGAUUCAUGUUAAAAUGUGUACGUUGUCUUAAAAUCAUGCAUUCUUAGCAUUUUUUUGCUAUGAACAAAGUUCAGACAACAUAUACAACUUAAUAUUUUGUGAUAGAUGUUAACUGAUUCAGAGCUUCCACAGGGAACAUUACCGCUUGUUGCCACUGUGCCCAUCAGUUUCUAGCGAAGGUUUUUAUUAAAAAAAAAAUAUAUCAUUGGAUUUGCGGCUUGAAGAUUUCCUGCUUAAAUGUCCCUUUCAAAGAUUUCUUAAAUCAGACUUUUUUUUCCCUAUAUACAGGUACCGGUUGGUGAUAUUCUUUAGCUCUGUAACAUGCUGAGUUUUUAGCUGUAUUCCAGUUUUCUGUGGAAUGGUUGAAAAUGAGAUUAAAUUCUGUUUGACACUGUCCAUUAUGAUCUAUUAAAAACAGUAGUCUUAUAUGUAUGUUAACAAUUUUAAAGAUUUUUUUGACAUUUUUUUUUUGAAUUUUGUUGUCCUGUUAAACUGUUGUGUAUAUAGUUUUAUUGAUUAUGAGUAGGGGAGGGGGUGAACAAAACAAUGGGUCCCACAGAAGUAAAUGGGACCCAUCUACUUCAUUAGGAGACCCAUGUUUUUUCAGCAUUCUCUGCAGAUAUAGGAAAUUAACAUAAAUGGAUUGGUAAUAAAUAGCUAUUUUGUGUUGACUUCUAAGACAUUUUGUUUGGAUUUUUUUUUCCAGAUUCUUCUGAAUAGUGUUUUUAAAAGUUACUGUCCCCGUUUUUCUCCCAUGCUUUACCAAUCUUACAAAGCACUGAUUAUUCUUGAUUAGGGUGUAGAGGUAUUUACCUCCCUUUACAGUGAUUCACUUGGGAGAAAAAGUGCAAUCGCCUUUACAUAACAAAAGCAUUAAGGCCAAUCAAAUGAUGUGUGCCUUUAUUUUAUUAAUUUUUAAAAAAAUGUCUUGUUGUCGUAGUCUUCCAGAAGAUAUGAGUGCUAUUUAGUUUUCCUUUGCAAGUUAAAAUGGACACGAAAACAGCUCCAAAGGUGGAGUAGGGCAAUUAUGUGCACGAAUGUUUUCUCUAACUAAUGUGAAUACCUACAUAACAUGUCAAUGAUCAUGCUGUCUUUUGCUAUUGGCUUGUAAUUGAGGAAGAAAAUUGUUGUGUGCGUUUUAAUCAAUUUGAAAAAAAUCACACCGGCAUACACCUUGAUUUUUAAGGCAUCUCAGUAUGUUUGUGGCUGAUGCAUAAUACUGAUUUCUUUACUUUCUGGAUAGUUUUUUUUUUUUUAUUCUUUUGGUCAGCUUGUAGCAUUGUUAACAGUGUUUGUAAAAUUAUGUUAAAUUUUGUAUCUCUGGUGGAUUUCUUAAAUAAUCUGCAGUAUGUGUAUGUGUGCAUGGAGAACUGCCUUCUUGGAAUAAUUGUUUGAGCAUCUUUCAUAUCAGUUCUUAAUAUCAUUUUUGGAUUUGAUGAUAUUUAGACAUUUUCCAGAGAAACUGCUUUUCUGCUGCUCUGCAUUUGUGUAUGUCCAUUGCAUUUUCUAUAUUUAUACACAAAAAUCUUAAGCAUUUAACUUUAAUGUAACUCUGUACAAAAUCUUGGCCCUUUAUAACUAUUAUUUGUAUGCACUUUAUGCUACUUCUGCAGUUUUUCUAUAAAGGAGACUUUAUUCAGAAAGUUCUUAGGUUCUGACACAGUAGCUGCAUUCAGUGUACCAAAGGUUGGGACAAUUGCUAUACAACAGUUGAAUAUUAGUUGCCUGUUAAUCAGCCAUGAAGGCUGAUAACAUUUUUUUCCCCAGUCUGGAAGUAUUAUUGUCUCUGAUGCAAGACAAGGGCAGUUAUGUGGUGUUUUGGGGAGAAAGUUAAAUCCAAAUUGGCAGAUGAGACAUUCUGCUGUAAAUUCAUAUUAUGAAUUGCAUUUAUAUGGCAGCUCAGUCUUCAAUAGUUGUCGGGACUUAUUACAUUUUGUAUUAUUUUUGGACUAAAAGAAACAAAAAUAAUCACAAAUCAGCACUGUGUUGUUCAUUUUUGAGAAUUUAUUUAGAAUUCAAAAGAACAGACGAUUUUUCUAAAACUAAAUCUCUUGCAUAGAGUGCUCUUACAAAACAAAUCAACACUACUUGCGCUAAAGCAAAUGGUUUGCUUUGAACACAUUUUAAACAAUUUUAUAAGAAUGACCUCUUUGAAAGCUGACAGCAGUCAGUCACCUUUCAUAAUUAGGGCAUAGUGUUACACUUACCCGUCCUCUGAAGUUCUUUUUUUUGAAUGUUGUAAACCCCAGAAUAAUCAGUAUAUAUUUUACUGUAAGUGCAUUGUGAAACCCCAGAAUCAACUUAUAUUUUACCAUUUUUAAGUGCAUUAUGAAUUUGGAGACUUAAUGACUAAUUUUCUUAAAAGCUGAACUGUGAGAGUUUAUACAGAAGAUGGUAAUGGAACCUUUGGUGCUGUUUUUGUUACAUUGUGUAUGUUUUAUCACAAUGGCAGAUGUAAAAUUUAUUAAACGUUAAUUUGACACAGUUUUUCAGAUCUUGGUACAUUUUGUUGUCACCAUGAUACUGUGUCUUAUAGUCCGAAAAUUUGUGAAAUGUUUUGUCCUAUAUGAUGAGAAAAUUUACUGUAAACGUAAAGAAACAGGGCAUUUUUCAUGAGCUGUCUUUUCUUACCACCUUUAGUUUAAACAAUCAUUUACAUUAUGAUGUCUUAUGUCUCAAAGACAGCUUUUUUGGCACCAUUUGGAUCCAUAAGCAAGGUAAGCAUAUAAACACAGAACGAUUAUGUUUGUAUGUAGAGAAUGAAAGCGAGUGUGUGUGAUUUCCCCGAUGCGAAAGAGAAAUUCUGGAAUGAAUAAACGUGAUUUCUAAACGUCUAUAAAAUCUUACAAAUUAUUUCAUGAUAAUAAAGAUAGGAGGUAGAAUUAAAAACAGUUAUAUUUUUGUUCUUUGUAUGUUUUUAACUUUCAGUAGUCUUUGUGUGCCAGAGAUAAGACGUUGAAAAAUGUGUUUACUCACUUGGAUUUUACAAGAGAAACAAAUUUUAAGUCAGAAGGUGAGAUCACAUUUGUUGAAAUUAAAGCAUAACAAUUCCUCUAGUUCUUUAAAUUAAUAAUGUAGUACACAUACUGUAAACAAUAUUGUUGACGGUGUGGUCUUCAUGAUAUUAAGAUUACAUUUGAUGGGAGGAGGAAGAUCUGGAAUAAUCAUGCCUCUAAAAUAACUGUUUAUCUUAUUAUACUCUAGUCUUUCACCAAAUAUAUUGAUUGUACAUGUAAAUUAAAAUUCGUUCAAAUUUCUAAGAAGCAAAAAAGCCUUUUUACGUUAUUGAGCUUGUCUGGUUUGAAGCUGCCAAAAUACUGAUUGCUUGUGCAUUCAUAAUGUGCAUGGUGAAAAUUAUUGGCUGAUUUUUACUCAGCAACAUAAUGGUGUAGAUCAUAGUCUGGUAAUGCUUUUUUCUAGAUUCAGUUUUGUUUCUGUAUUGUGUGAGUGGUCAGUCUGCAUAAAAGAUAGCUAGGACAUGAUUGAGGAAAUUCUGUAGCAUAUGAGUGAUUAAUAUCCUAUUUACUUUUUGUUAAUGUCUCUUGUUAGAACACAACUUUUGUGUCAUCUUGUUUUCUAAGGUAAAAGCAAUGAAAAAUAUAUUCCAAAAUUAUGCAAA